AAAUGUUUUGUAAACAUGUACUUCAACGUUGCGCUUAGCUUGGCCUUGGGCGUAUUCUUCGUGGAUGCUCGUGAAAUCCAAGAGUUGUUUAGCUUGAUCGAUGACGAUUAUCUACGUGAAUUAGUAAAAAAUGCCGAAUUAGAGGUCCAAAAACUGCACGAAAUUGAAAGCAAAGCAAAAUAUUUGAAUCCUUACAUUAUUUCUGCUGAAGGAAGGCAUCAAUUAAAAACGUGUCCGGCGUAUAAACGUAACGAUGUUCAAACCAUGCUUGAAAUUAUGACACGUGAUAUAGUUUCCAGAUAUGAUUUAGAUCAAUCCGAGAUAAAUUUACUACGGCAAUAUCCCCUUAAAGAUAAGGAAAUCACCAAGCAACUACAGGAGCAAUGUGUGGACAACAGACCAGUCGAAUGCACCAAUACAGAGUACCCUACAAUCGAUGGAAGUUGCAACCAUUUAGACAGGCCAAACGAAGGAAGAACCUUCUCCUGUUUCGAUCGUUUAUUACCUCCCGAUUAUGACGAUGGUGUUAGUUCGCCGAGGGUUUGUAAAGGAUGCCCCACGCCUGAACCCAGAGUCAUAACUUUAAAAGUUCACAGAACACUUCAUGGUAAACUUAGCUAUACCCGUACUGCAAUGCUUUCGGGUUUCGGACAGUUUCUCUCUCACGACAUGCAAUUUAACACUCAACCUGGAUCGGAUACCUUUACUGCAAUUGAAUGCUGUGAAGGUCCUCCUAUUCACGAGGCUUGUUUUCCUCUUGCAAUUCCUCCGAACGAUCCCGAUUUUUCAGAUAUUACUUGCAUGAAUUUUGUACGGGAUGCCCAAUGUGAAACUUGUAAUUUAGGUUACAGAGAACAGAUGAAUUCUUUAACUCCUGCAAUCGAUUGUUCUCAAGUGUACGACACAGAAUUAAAUCGAUCUAGAAGACUAAGAAGAUUGGAUGGAAGUGGUAAGCUAGCAUCUAGAAUGACACCAGUAGGAGAAUUUCCAUCGGUUGAUCCGGAUCCAGCCAAUCAAUGCGAACCAUUCCAGUGUUUACUAACAGGAGAUUUUAGGUCAGACCAAAACCCCCUUUUAACAUCGUUGCAUAUCGUCUUUCACCGUCUACACAAUUUAAUUGCAGAAAAAUUGAAACAAAUGAAUCCACAUUGGGACGAUGAAACCAUAUAUCAAGAAGCGAGAAAAAUUGUUAUUUGUAUAUUCCAACAUAUCGUCUAUCACGAAUUUCUUCCAGAAAUUCUCGGAUCACGCUACACACUUCUCAGUAGAAUCAAUGAAGAGAACACCGAAUACGAUCCUUCUGUGCCAUUCAAAAUAUAUAAUGAAUUCGCUGGUUGUGCUUACAGACUCCAUUCCAUAGUACCUGAUAAAAUCUUCUUGGUUACUGAAGAUGGAACAACUGAAGAAAUAUUAUUAGGAGAUGCCUUUUUCAAUACGAAAUAUGUACUCGAACGAGGGAUUGAAGACGUAAUAAGGGGAGCAACUAAACACCCACAAGAGAACUUCGAUCGUUUAUUAGUACAUUCAUUGACAAAAUAUUUAUACAGAACAAAUAUCUCGAAUUUAGGAUUGGAUCUUGCAUCAAUCAAUAUACAACGAGGAAGAGAUCACGGUCUACGUCCUUAUACAGAAUACGUUUAUCUUCUAAACGGAGUAAAAAUAAAAGAAUUUUCAGAUUUAACUAAAUAUGAUCUAAUGGAUAAGUCUACUGUAAAUAAAUUAAAAGAAGUGUACCAAUGUGUGGAAUGCAUCGAUCUUUUUACGGGUCUUGCUUGUGAAAAACGUGUGGAUGAUGCCACAGUUGGACGUACAACAGCCACAAUUAUUGGCCUACAAUUUUUUCGUUUGAAAUUUGGAUGCAGACAUUUCUGCGGACAUAAAGGAUAUCUAAAAUCAGAGCGGCAGGCAGCAUGUAUUAAAAAUAUUAAACUCAGUCACAUACUUUGUUACGUUCUUAACAUUACUAAAAUAGAAGAAAAUGUAUUUAGAGGAGGAAGUCCCACCAUAAAUUGCCAUGAUAUCCCUCCCUUGGCCUUGGGCGUAUUCUUUGUCUCCGCUCGUGAAAUCGAAGAGUUGUUUAGCUUGAUCGACGACGAUUAUCUACGUGAAUUAGUAAGAAAUGCCGAAUUAGAGGUCCAAAAAUUGCGUGAAAUUGAAAGUAAAGCAAAAUACUUGAAUCCUUACAUUAUUUCUGCCGAAGAGAGGAGUCAGUUAAAAACAUGUUCAAAAUAUCAACGUAACCAUGUUCAAGCCAUGUUCGAAAUAAUGACACGUGAUAUAGUUGCCAGAUAUGAUUUAGAUCCAACCGAUAUAAAUCUGUUACGGGAAUAUCCUCUGAAGAAUAACGAAAUCACCAAACGACUAUGUGAAAGAUGUGUGGACAACAGACCAGUCGAAUGCACCAAUACAAAGUACCCUACAAUCGAUGGAAGUUGCAACCAUUUAGAUAGGCCAAACGAAGGAAGAACCUUCUCCUGUUUCGAUCGUUUAUUACUUCCCGAUUAUGGCGAUUGUGUUAGUUCGCCGAGAGUUUGUAGAGGAUGCCCCACGCCGGAACCCAGAACUAUAAGUUUAGCAGUUCACAGAGUUGCAGCUCGUGGUAAACUUAGUUCUACUUACACUGCGAUACUUUCGAUUUUCGGACAGUUCAUCACUCACGACAUAGAAUUUACCGCUCAACCUGAAUCGGAGACUGUUAGUACAUUCGAUUGCUGUGAAGAUCCUCCUCCAAACGAAAAUUGUUUUCCUAUCAAAUUUGCUCCAAAUGAUCCCGAUUUUCAGGGUAUUACGUGCAGGAAUUUCGUGCGAAAUGCCAGAUGUACAACUUGCAGUUUAGGUUGGAGAGAACAGAUGAAUACAAAGACUCUGGCACCCGAUUGUUCUAAUGUAUAUGGUGUCGAAUUAAAUGAGUCUAGAGCAUUAAGAAGAUUAGAUGGAAGUGGUAAGCUAGCAUCUAGAAUGACACCAGUAGGAGAACUUCCAUUGACUAAUACGGAUCCAACACCUGAUCAAUGCAUAUCAGAUUAUUUACGUUUCCUAACAGGUGAUUUUAGAUCAAGCCAAAACCCUCUUUUAACUUCGUUGCAAAUAGUCUUUCUCAGGCUACACAAUAAAAUUGCGGAAAAACUAAAGCAAAUUAACCAACAUUGGAACGAUGAAACCAUAUAUCAAGAAGCGAGAAAAAUUGUUAUUUGUAUGUAUCUGCGCAUUAUAUAUUACGAAUACAUCCCAACAAUUAUUGGACCACGCUAUACACUUCUCAAUAGAAUCAAUGAAGAGAAUACCGAAUACGAUCCUUCGGUGCCAUUUAAAUUAUUUAAUGAUUUCGCUGGUUGUGCUUUCAGACUUCAUUCUACAGUUCCCGAUCCAAUCUUCUUAGUUACCGAAGAUGGAACAAUGGAAGAAAUACAGCUAAGAGAUAACUUUUGCAUUAAUGAUUAUAUACUUAAUCGAGGGAUCGAAGACAUUUUAAGAGGGUCGACUAAACAACCAGAAGAGAAAUUUGAUCGUUUAUUAGUACAGUCGCUGACAACAUUUUUAUAUAGAGUAAAUAAUUCGAGAAUAGGAUUGGAUCUUGCUUCAAUGAAUAUACAAAGAGGAAGAGAUCAGGGUCUACCUCCUUACAUAAAAUAUCUAUCUUUUCUAUACGGAAUCAAAAUUGAGAAAUUUUCAGAUUUAGCCAAAUGUGGUUUAAUGGAUUACUCCACUGUGAAGAUAUUGCAAGAAGUUUACCAAUGCGUGGAAUGUAUCGAUUUUUUCACGGGUUUGGUUUGCGAAAAACGUUUGGAAAAUGCCACAGUUGGACGUACAGCAGCCACAAUUAUUGGUCUACAAUUUUUUCGUUUUAAAUUUGGAUGGAGACAUUACUGCGGACAUAAGAAUUGUCUAAAACCGGGUACAUUUAUUAAUUAA